UCCCAAUGGAGCACCUUUUGAAAUAUGUCCCUUCUCGCGCCGCCGUGUUAACCGUAUCCCCCGUCGUGAAUCAGAGAUUCUUUGAGCGAAAUCCAGGCCUUACGGAACAGAUCUGCCUCGAACAGGCCGCGCAAAUCCUUGGCUGCCCCGCCAGCAGCAUCCGUCCCGUAGCCAUCCAGGGCGCGGAAAGCUUUACUGUAACCAAAACCGACGCCCGCCCCGGCGAUUCGGGUAUCGUCCAGUUCCGCGACCUUUCGUCCCCGCUAAACAUAGACACCCUCGCCCUAGCCCGAAGGACCUACGGGGACAUGAUUCCCGCUUGCAAUGCGAUUACGUGCGGGCUCAGUGACAAAGCGCACGUCUACCUCAUGACGCUGGCCGGCGGCAUUGCCUUCUGCGCGGCCAAACAGGACUUUUAUCAGGACCACGACGCCGAGCGGCUAACAGCCACCGUCGUGGACUUUGCCUCCUUCGUUGCGUCCUCGCUGUCGACGGCGCGGCAGAACGCCGACGACGCCGCGCUCGCGCAGGCGUACGAAAAGCUCGCCCCGUGGGAGGCCUCCCUCCCCGCGCGGUUUCAGCCCAGGCUGGCCGAAGUGCGGGCGCGGCUGCCCGCCAUCUUCGGGGGAGAGUUCCCGCAGGUGCUGAACCACGCGGACCUGGUGGAAAUGAACAUCCAAGCCGACGGCUUGUCGGGCGGCAUUGCCGGCGUUAUCGACUGGGAAGGGGCCGCUUACGGCCCCUUCGGCGUCGCGCUGGCCUCCCUCGAAACCUUGCUCGGCGUUUGCACCGGUGAGGGCGUGUGGAUCUGGCACCCCGGGCAGGAACGUCUCCGCGCCUUUUUCUACGAAACCCUCACCGCGGAGCUUGGCCGGCAUCCCCAGGCCCGCUACCUGGGCGCGGACGACAUCGAGGCGGCAAGGGCGUUUGGGCUCUUUAUCAUGUACGGGUCUUGGGCUGCGCAGGCUAACGACCACGACAACGGCUCCGAGCUAGGUGCUGCAUGCCUCGAGGUGGGUCUAGGGGAGGGGACCGCAGUCCAGCCUUUUCUCCAGCUGCUGCCUAGGGGUGGCCACAGGGGUUAAAUUCAAUAUGGUUGGAACCGGCACGCCGGCCUCCCAUACAGGCAUGCGGAACAUGACAACUUGUUCUCAUUGUG